GUCGCGGGUAUAAUUGCAAUUGUCGGCUAUGCCUCUUUCCUGUCUCACAGUUCAGACGUGCGACAGCGGUUGACAGUGGUCAGUGACUCUAUUUAGACGCGCACAUCGGUAUACAGGGUGUCCAAUUUCUUUACAAGUCAUACUCUAUGACGGUGAACGCGGGAUUCGGUGGAUCGCCGGUGAAAAUGGCAAAUCAGAAGGCUCCGUUGAUUUUCGAAGUGUUCACUGAAUGUGAGACCACGAAAGCCAGAACCGGCAGGAUGACGCUUGUUCAUCAUCACGUGGAUACGCCGGUGUUUAUGCCAGUGGGAACUCAGGGAACAUUAAAAGGAUUAUUGCCCCAGCAACUGGAGCAACUAGAUUGCCAAAUAAUUCUUGGGAACACCUAUCAUCUUGGAAACAGACCUGGUGCAGAUAUCCUUCGCAAAGCUGGAGGUUUGCACAAGUUUAUGAAUUGGAAAAGAGCUCUAUUGACGGAUUCAGGCGGUUUUCAAAUGGUUUCAUUGUUACAAUUAGCAGAAAUAACAGAGGAAGGUGUUAAGUUUAAAUCACCGUACAAUGAGUCUGAAUGCAUGCUGACACCCGAACAUUCCAUUCAAAUUCAAAAUGCAAUUGGAGCCGACAUAAUCAUGCAGCUUGACGAUGUCGUUAAGAGUACUUUAACUGGGCCAAGGAUAGAAGAAGCAAUGCACAGAACAAUACGUUGGCUAGACCGUUGUUUGUCAGCGCAUGAAAAACCAGAUGAACAAAGUAUAUUUCCGAUUGUACAGGGUGGUCUCGAUCCCACAUUACGAUCCGAGUGUGCACACCAGUUGAUUAAACGGGAGGUGAACGGGUAUGCCGUAGGAGGUUUGAGUGGCGGUGAGAGCAAGGACGAUUUUUGGAAAAUGGUCCACAUAUCGACGAAUAUCCUUCCAAAGAAUAAGCCACGGUAUCUCAUGGGUGUUGGAUUCGCAGUGGACUUGAUUGUAUGUAGUGCGUUAGGUAUCGAUAUGUAUGAUUGCGUAUUCCCGACGAGAACCGCUAGGUUUGGUUGCGCACUGGUAAAAACAGGACAGCUCAGCUUGAGGCAGGCACAAUACAAAAAGGACUUGAAACCAAUAGACGAAUCGUGUGAGUGUAGUACAUGCAAGACUUAUACACGCGCUUAUCUGCAUCAAAUUGCCACUGUAGAGACAGUGUCAUGUCAUCUAUUGACUGUUCACAAUGUUGCAUUUCAAAUGAGACUUAUGCGGGACAUUAGAGACAGUAUAAAAGCGCAAAGAUUCCCUAGAUUCAUACAGGAUUAUAUGUUGACAGUUUAUCCCAACAAAGACUAUCCAACAUGGAUAAUUAACGCUUUAGAGGCUGUCAAUGUUACUCUAUUGUAAAACUAAAUUUGUACGAAAAAUACUGCUAACAUACUUUUUCUAGAACAUAUAUUUAUUUAGAAUUUUCAUCUAUAUAAAUAUAAAGAUUUUUGUAAUUUAUUUCCGUGUAACUUAUUUCUAAAAUUUAUUUUUCUCAUUGCAUUGAAAUUACAGUAAGAUAUCUAAGUACUUGCGAACUUCUUCUAAGUAUUUAUGUAAGAACUAUAUAUGUUUGAUUCAUUUUGAAUUGAUUCACGUGUCAUAGAAACAUCUACAAUUUAGCAAGAACAAUAUUUGAAAAGAAGAACCAUUAUAAAUCAAAUAAAUACUUAUAUUUGAAAAA